AUGGGCGUCGGGGACGGCGCGACACCGCCUUCCUCAGCUAUUGAUAACAUAACCGCACUUGGGUCUGGCGCGCGCGCCGGGCGCGCGCGCCGUCGGACUCGCGCGCGAGGGGCGUCGGAGCGGCCCGACGUGGUCAAGGGACGGCUGAUUGUAACUGUCCUUGGCGCGCGCGCGCGCUGUCGGAGCGCCCCGGGAGUGCCCCGAAUCGGCCCGGGACCGCUCCAGGCAUGCUCUACGGACGAUUUGGAGCCCAUCGGUGUAGACCUCGCCGCCGCCGGGCCCCGAGUGCCCCGAAUCGGCCCGGGACCGCUCCAGGCAUGCUCUACGGACGAUUUGGAGCCCAUCGGUGUAGACCUCGCCGCCGCCGGGCCCCGAGUGCCCCGAAUCGGCCCGGGACCGCUCCAGGCAUGCUCUACGGACGAUUUGGAGCCCAUCGGUGUAGACCUCGCCGCCGCCGGGCCCCGAGUGCCCCGAAUCGGCCCGGGACCGCUCCAGGCAUGCUCUACGGACGAUUUGGAGCCCAUCGGUGUAGACCUCGCCGCCGCCGGGCCCCGAGUGCCCCGAAUCGGCCCGGGACCGCUCCAGGCAUGCUCUACGGACGAUUUGGAGCCCAUCGGUGUAGACCUCGCCGCCGCCGGGCCCCGAGUGCCCCGAAUCGGCCCGGGACCGCUCCAGGCAUGCUCUACGGACGAUUUGGAGCCCAUCGGUGUAGACCUCGCCGCCGCCGGGCCCCGAGUGCCCCGAAUCGGCCCGGGACCGCUCCAGGCAUGCUCUACGGACGAUUUGGAGCCCAUCGGUGUAGACCUCGCCGCCGCCGGGCCCCGUGGUACCGCGGGCCAAAAAGGUACCGCGAACCCGAAAUGGUGCCACGGGCCCAAACGGUACCAUAAGACCCAGAAGAUCUAUAUUAUUUCCACAGCGAACAGCUGCGUCUUCACGGCGAACGAACCCUCCCUACCCAAAAAAUGA